CAAAGAUGGCGGAUGGGUCGUCCGAAGACCGUAUCGGCCCGAAACAAAUGAACGAUUUAACUUUUUCCGCGCCCGAUCCUUUACUUGGUGACACAAAAAAGUGCAGUGGGGAAACAAUUGAUACCGGUAAAGUGAAGUUAUCGUUCUACACUGAACUACAAACCAGUGAAUCGUGUGAAAACAGUGAUUCGCGCGGCGUGGCCACCAAACGUUCCGCGGCGGUCGUCUGUACGAACUCCCGAAAUUCUUGUGAAGUGAACACCGAGGAAGGAGAAGACAGGAAGAAGAGAUGCUUCGACAGAUACGACAGUUCGGAGUCAUCUGACAGUGGCGUAGCGGUGCUGAGUUCGACGGAGAGCGGAGGCUGCAGCGGUAGCGACAUCACCGAGCCGGCUUCGCCGCGCAGCCCUGAGUCGUCGGGCAGCACCGCAGAGGAGGGCGCGGGUGCGCGUAUGCCGCCCUGGGCGAGUGAACCGGCGCCGCCGGCACCGCGACGCCUCGCGGUCCAACCCGCGCCCGUGCGCCGUCCCCACGUGCCUAUCCAUCGCCGUAUCACAGAGUAUUUCAACCACAAGAUGAAGCCGCAAAACGGUCUCAAGCGAGACUCUAGCGUCUCUAACAACGACGACACCAAAAGAAAGUGCCUGCCUGCCAAAAAUGGCGUCACACAUGACCUGGAAAAAUACAUCUCUUACAUAUCACAGACGCUUAGUCCGAAAGUACUGAUGGAUGUCGGCAAGCAAGCCGAUGUAGCAAAAAAGGCAAUGCACCCAACUUCUAAUGGUGUGAUAGAUACAGGGAAACCGACAGAUCUCAGUAAAACCACAUCCGUUCCCAACUUUAAUGGGAUGAUCGAUUAUAAUAACAAACCUAAAGACAACAAGGAGAAAAAUUGUACUAGCUUUUUUGGCUUGGUCGGAGUUCCAUCUUCAGAAUCCCAUUCCAAAGAGAAGCACAUCAAUGGUAUUGUCAACGGAUUGCUGGACACUAAAAAGAAAAUCCAAGACAUUAAAACGACAACAGACCCAUCCGCCAAUGGUUUGAAUGUGAAGAAUAUGAGUGGGAAUAAGAAACAUAAAGUGCCAAUGUCAGCAUCUAGUGAUCCAACAACAUUAAGAAUUGCACCCGCGACAUCCGCGAGUCAGACGUCCAAAAAGAAUGGUGUUUCAAGGCCAGACUCCACCAGAAUGAAUGGUGUCGUGAGUUCUACAACAAAAUUAGAUAGUAAAAUGAAUGGUGUUAUGUGCGGAUCGAACAAUUUAAGUUUAAACCCUAUAUCAAAAGUUACAACCUCGAAGAAGGAGCCUGUGAAGAAAACUAAUCAGCCAUCUAAAAGAACAAACAGGAAAUCGUCUGCUUGUAUUGCUAACAGUAAAAACCUGACGUGGUCUAAAGCGAAUAAUCUCAAACAAGUGCAACUCCAGCAACAAAAUUGUGUCAAUUCUACACAGAAAUCUCCCAUGACGACAAUUCCAGGUGAAGCUAAUCCAGCACCAAAGAUGAAUGUUCCAAAUGGUGUGCGACAAGUUUCAAUGACAAUGAAUGGUAGCCUCAGUAAUUUGAAUGUGCCCGUAACCAAUUUACAGAAUUGUCACCAAUUAAAUAUUCCACAACCAUGCAAUGGCACGGUCACAUCUAAUAAUUUAGCCUCCUUCGUUGCAGUACCUCAAAAUGUUAUGUUAACUGCUUUGAGAAUACCGCAGAAUGGAAUUUCAACACAAACCAUAAAUCACCAGCAAAACAAUAUGACAGCUUUCAAUCGACCAAAUGUCAACGUGUCAAGUCCGACAAAAUUAAAUGGUCAAUUUGUCUUUCCAUUUAUGCAAAAUAUCAACGGAACGGUGGUACAAAUACCAAAUUUAAUGACAAAGAUGCCAAAUUUUGUUUUACCACAAACGACGCAACUGACCACGCAACGACAAGAUCAUAUACAAAAUCAGCAAGCGGCCCAAAUUCUCAUUAACGGCACGCUGUUGAAGCUAGCGAACACCAUGUCGCCGACUUAUCCUAACGUAAACAAGACAUCGCCGGUGACGAGCCAGUCGAUUCCCGUGAUGAAUAAAAGCGUUUCUGGUAUGCCACCAAAUGGAAUAACCGUGCAAUCAAAGCCGAAUUUCACAGUUAAUUUUAGCCAUCCGGUUUUAGUUCCGCAACCUGGUUUCAUUGUAACGUCUGUGCCAAACAUGAACGUAAAAGAAACGUGGAGUUAUUCAAGCACAAAUGCAGCAUCUUCAUCACAAUCUACGUGUUCCAAUCCAAUUGUUCACCAUCCACCACCUAUCGUACCCAAUUUUACGACUCAAGCACUGCAUACGAGUAGUAUACCCAUAGCGCCUGUCAAACCUCCCGAUAAUCCAAUUCAGGGUACAGAUCCACCAAGUAGUACAGUAAAAGAACCAGAAGUGAAUGAAGUGAGACGAAAAUUGAGCGAUGUGAACCCAAAAUUAAAUGAAGUAAGCUCAAAGUGUGAUAUUCCUUGGCUGUCAAAAACUGUUAAUAAUAAUAUAGUUCAGCUAGAUACUAAUAAAUUGACUUCGAGGCCUUUUGCACACGUGAGUAGUUUAUCAGAGAAACUAGAAGAUUUAGCGGAGAAAUCGAAAGAAAGCCAGAUGUCUGAGGAGUUUAGUAAAGAAAUAAGGAUUGAACAUUCAGAGGCGGAGUUAAGGAAAGUUGAAGAAGUAGCGAGAAGAGAGGAGACCAUUUUUACUCAAAUUACUGUUUUGAAAGAUGUUUCGUCGAACGUUCAAAGUACUCUGAUAGAAGCGAACUUCUGCAGUACAACGACAGAGUCUUCCGAGUCCGGGAUCGGGACAGACAAGUCUAUUGACUCUCCGAGUGACUCCCAGACUAGCAAGGAGUGCGAUGAAGAUUCGUCUCUUUCGCUUAGUGUGAGUGUGUGUUCGGUUGAGGUGCAGAGCAGUCAAAAGAGUCCAAUACUUAAACAGCCAAAAACAUUGAGAUUCCCACCCAGAAACCUGGCGAAGACUGACAGCGAUCGGAGAACUUCUAGUACGGAUACUACGUCCACGGUAACGCUGUGUCAGUGGGAGAAUUGCAAGAGAGAAUUCGAGAGCGAUACAGACCUUUUGGAGCAUUUACAGACGGACCACGUAGAAACUCAAGCCGGGAAGGAGAAUUAUGUAUGUCUAUGGCAGCAAUGCAAGGUCCGCGGCAAGCCCUCGUGCUCUCGGCUCUGGCUGGAGCGACACGCGCUCUCCCACGGCGGCAACAAGCCCUUCAAGUGCAUCUUCGACGGCUGCGGCAGAAGAUUCUCCACACAGAUUCUUCUCGAAAGGCACGUGAACAACCACUUCAACGAGGCAUCUCCGAAUGCGGGUACCAACAAGAAAUCCAGCGACAGUGCGUCCAAACUCAUCAGGAGAAAUGGCAAGAAGCUGCGGUACAGGCGCCAGCCGUGGUCUGCGCGGAUGUUCGACUUCUUCGACGCCGGGACCAUGGAAGGACUCGCUUGGCGUCUAUCACGGUGCACCCGGUGGAGGCUCGGAGGUCAUUGCCCUCUCAGGGAGCCGGCCGGGCGACACACGCUGACUCUCCACGCAGUACUGAAAGCGACGCGAUACAACGCGACCGAGGCGAGAAGAGAGGCGCUUCUCACGUACUUCCCACCGCAUGUGAUCGAAGACGAAUGGGUGCCGGAGAAGGAAGUUCAGACAAUCAAGCGGGUGGAGAUCUCUUCGCUGCCGGUUCACACCAAAGUGGUCGUCUACGAGCAGUUCUGCGCCACUUACAAAUCUGCAGCGCCGCCGCCGCCUCCCCCGCCGCCGAAGCCGGCGCCGGCGCCCGCCCCCACGCGGCUGCUGCCCGCUAGGAAUUGUACGUCGUCACGAGUGCUCGCCAACCUGAUCGCCAAGCAGAAGCGGGAACGAUUCGAGUGCUCUUCCCAAGUCAACAUCUCCUCCCUUUACCGCGAAGAAGAACCGACCAAACCAGAAGUCAGCGGCGCAAAGAAGCGCAAGAUGGGGAGACGAUAUGGCGGAAAUUCGUUCUGGCCUUGCGGACGAUAAAUUUACGUAUAGCCUGGGCGUUUUAUUGUAACACUGUCCUAUUUAGCCGCGUAUUGUGAAGUUAUAAGGGACAGUGUGACAGUAAAAUUAUCAGGUCGACUGACACGCUGCUCUUUAAUGUAUAUUUCUAGUAUAAGAUCCGCCUUCGCACGUAUGUUUCGUAACGGCUUUACUCGAACAAAUUUUUGUCUUGCUCGAUUGUAUACGCCGCGAAAUAUAAUGUGAAGGUGUUGCGAGACGUCAGUUUAACAAUAAGCACUGAUGUAUUGUUACUGCCGGAUCUAGAGGCGCGGUAGUGUCCACGACAAGUCUAGUAGAAAGUCUCCUGGAGAGAUCUCAACUGAAAAGUUUUUGUAAAGUUUCCAUAACGUACGUAUAUCAGUGCUAUAGUGUAAUUAUAUAGAGCAGCGUGUCCUGUUGAGACAGAUGUUGAUUCUCCACUGCGGUGGCUCACGAUUAGCAAAAAUUAUCGCCAAAGAUUCGUUGGACGCGGUUCACUGCUACGUAGCAGACGUAAAUUUUAUUCACAAGACUGAUGCUUAAUUUUUAUAAUGAUAUUACUGACGGUACGCGAUCGAGAACAAAUUGUAUAUAGUUAGUGCGAUGUGUAUUAUAGUUGUCUCGUUAUUCGAGUGUAAAUUAGAAUUCGGUUUAGUUUAAAUGAGGUUAGGAGUAAGUAGGGUGUCGCUAUGACAAUUCGACCAGCGAUAGUAUCACUGCCAACGUGUAUAUACUAGUGUAUGUUUAGCUUUAGAUUUAUUUGCGUUCGCGUGGUUUUGUUUUCCCCGCGUCUCGGUUGACUCAAGCGAGGUUCCUAUUUGAUAAUUAUCCUGAUUAUACUUAAAUUAUCUUAUUUUCUUUUUCAAAUAUGAUACGGCAAUGAAUAUGUUUAAAGUAUACUUUCGUUUUAAUUUUGUUUUUUGUUAGAAGGAUGUGUAGAUUUGUUCACUUUUAUCCGUCAAAAAAAAAAGAUUGGAUAUUGUACAAGAAUUAAGUUUUUUGUUAUUUAAUGUGAUAAAAGGAUGAGUAAGGUUUUAUGUUCGAGUAAAUGUUAAAGAUAAUUUUUAUUAUCAUGAUAAUUAUCUAGGAUGACGUUAUUGGGGCCUCGUUCCCGGCUUAGUUGGGUGUUAGUGAUCAUGAAGGUUUGGCGGAUGUCUUCCACUGGCAUCAUGGUUCACCAAGUGCCUAUAUCAGUAUCCCGGGCGCCAAUCACUGUUGAGACUUUGACAAAUUUAAUAGGUACAUUACGAAAAAGUUGAUUUUUUUUUGUGGAUGACUUGGCGAUGGUCUCUACCGAGCAUGUCUUGUUGAAAUAUUUUCAUUUGAAGCUGGCUUUAGCCGGGUGAUUUUCACUUGUAAGACUACUCUUUAGACCAUGUUUUAUUUUUACUAAAUGAAAUGUCAACAAAUACUUUGUUUCAUAGAUUUUUCUUUCGGAAAACUUCGAUAUUGAUGGGUGACCGGUGGUACCGCACAGUGUUCACUAUUUAAAGUUCGCAUAAAUUGAGUACAAAUAUUUAAAGCCUCCAUGCGUUAAAUCAAACUGAACAAAAUUUUCCAUUUGCCACGAUUUCUGCGUACUUCCUUCGCUUCAUCCACAUUUUAAUUUAACUCUCUUCAUGCAAGCUCGUUGGUUUCGGGUACUCUUGACCUGACCCAUUGCCAGGAUGUCCUUAAUUUGAUCAAGAUAUGAUUGUCUAGGCUCACUCCGCCCUUUCCCUUCACACUCUCAUUGUAUCUGCUUAGUCAACCUGCUUUCAUUCUUGCUCUCCACAUGACCAAACCAUCUUUACAUACCCUUUUCUAUUCCUGUAACUACAUCUUCUUUCACAUCACAACAUUCCCUUAUUACGCUGUCCCUUAUCUGGUCACUCAAUUUCACACCCAUCAUACUCCUUAACGCUCUCAUUUCCGCCGCAUUUAUUCUGCUUUCGUGCUCCUUUUGCCACCCAACUUUCACUCCCAUACAUUAAUGUUGGGACCAACACGCCCUUAUUCACAGCCAGACGAGCCUUUUCAAUCAACAAUCAUAAUAUAGCUAAAACAAGGGUUCGAUUGUGAAACGUUUGAUUGUCUUAAUUUUUUUCAGUAUGUAUCAAAAUAUUUGUACUCAAAACAUGUUCAGACCAUUUAUAUCCCGCGUAGUCAUAUCAAACGGAACUUAGUUUAGAUAUUUUGAUGGAUUUUCUUUUCCCCCGAUUAGAAGGUAACAGAAUCAACAGCUGUCUGUCUAUUACAUAGUAACGUCACUGCCAUUCAAGUUGUGUUUAGUUACUACUGCUCGCUACUAAGGUGUUUAGCAUCGUUAGCAAUAACUUUAUGUGAUAAGAUAUAGUGACAGUUCUCGCACAAGAUUUGUAUUUCGUGUUUUUUAUCUGUAUCGCGUUUGAUCGAUUGUGACUUGUUUCGUGGAAUGGUUGAUAGAGACGAUAAUAUAACGUGAAAUUCGGAAAUAUUUGUGAGAUAACAAAACAAAAAAAAAAAACAAUUUCUCAAAGAUAAUACACAUUUAACCAAAAUAAAAGGCGGCCUUACUGCAAAGCAAUACUUAUUCGUUUGUAAUUUUUACAAUUUUGAAUUAAGAAUUUUCAAAAUCAUUCUGAACUCUAUGGCCAUUUCUCGAAUCAGGCACUAAUGGAUUAAACAAUGUUUUCGACUCGUACGAGCAAUGGAAUGAAUUGAACAGUCUAUAGUACAAAAUGAAGCAAUGAUAUAAAUUAGAAUGAACUUAUUACGUAGAGAGGGAAAAGGUUCAACAAUGUUCUUUGCUUGUGACGAAUUGAAACAUUUCGCAUACGAAUGUAAUGUGGCUCAGGGCGCUUUCCUAUACGUUGUGAGUGUAUCCUCUGUGAGUGUAUCUAUGUGUCGUGCAUUUCAUAUAAAUAAAUGUAACUUACGUUGUAAUAUGUAUAUUGAAUUUUAAAUAUACAUAUAUUUAUACAUCUUUAAUCUCGUGGAAGAUUGAUAUGAAUCAAACUUUUAACUUUGAAUUGAAAAUUCAUUAAAAUCUUUGCGUCGAUUAGCCACUCAAAACACUCACAACUAAGUAGGAACGCGCCCUUGAUCAUGGUUUAUUUACACGUACUUAGUAACUAUGUGCUUAGUAGUAACCGUCAAACGUGGAAAUUUCCCAAUAGUUUUACGUAAUACUAGACACAUAACGACUAAGUUCGUGUAUACUUUAUAGUUGUUUUACAACCAAUACGGAACAUAGCAUGCCAAUGAUUUUUAUAUAAACCCAAUAGCAGAUUUGAUAGGCAGAAUUUAGAUGUUAACUUUUGGAGGUCCCUUAUACAGAAGUUGUCAUUAACAUUGCCUUUUUAGCCAUAAGGGGUUUACACGAGAAUAAAGUAAAUUGUGUUCUGUGCUCACACGAUCUCGCUAGUAAUUUUAGUUAGUGCCUAUAGCGUUAAGUUAGGGUGUGCGUGGACUUUGAUAAACACCGUAUUUUAAACUUUCGCUUCGAUAUGAAACAGGACGAUGUAUGUAUUAGAACAUUUUGUAGUGUAAACGAAAUUAGAGUAAUGAGAUGUAAAGGAGCCUUAGGCGCGUUCAGUCGUAUAUAUCUUGACGCACGUCAGUCAACCAACAAGAUGGCCGACUGACGUGUGGAUUUAAGUCAAAAGAUCACUAUUGUGUCUAUAUUAGAGAAUGUUACUAGAAUGUGUUCGGUCGGCACUGUCGCAGUCUUGCUUGGGUAAUAUUGGGUCCCAUAAAUUUUUGUGGCAUAAUUUUAAUGUUUUUUGGAAAAAUUAUCGAUCCGCAUAUUGUUUUUUACGUUUUAAACGUUAUGCGAAGCGAAGCGCCUAGUUAUGCCAUUACAAUUUAUGAAACCCGAUAUAUAUCCAUCCGUCUCGCUCAUCCGGCAUGCGACUCGCUCGCUCGCACACGUUCGCAGUAGGCGCGGAUCCAAAGAAGUGAAAUAGGAAAAUUUCUCUAGUAGAAAAGUUGGUGCCUGAUUGUCGUGUGGUUUUGGAAUCGUGUGCUUACUACAGAUAGACUUCUAUUGGAGCGUUUCCAAUGUACUGAUUAUUAUUUUAAUAAAUUAAAAAAAAAAUUAGUUUAAUUUUUUUCAGCACUGAUCGUAGUGCCAUAUUUUAUUGGCUCGCUUUUUUUGUAAAUUAUUUUUUAGUGAAAUUCGACACCAAAAUCAGAAAGACAAAUUAGUUUUGUUUUAUCAGACUUAUAAUAUGGACUUGAAUUUGAUCUCAAAUAAAUGGCAGUAAUGAAUUAUGAGAAUCAUGAGAAUGUGCGGGGCGUUCCUGUCUUGUCUCCUAUGUGUUUGAUCAAUCAGUUAAUUCGCUUUAUGAUUUUUACAUAUAAAAUAAAUAGGCAGUUGUGUUCGGCCUACAAAUCGCUUAAGUACAAGACUCUGUUGCAGUUCGGAACGAAAUUUGAGAAUAAGAAAUGUUUGGCAAUGUAAUAAAUUACUGGACUUAAUAAUAUCUCCAUUAGUGUAGAGUUAUUUCGGAAAGUUAAGCAGAGAAAUAUUUUGUAAACCGGACCUUGUGAUGGGGUACUAAAUUAUAUCGAAAAAUGUACAUGUGUAAGCGCAAAAAGAUUUAUAUUUUUAUCACUGCCACAAUAGUAAUAGUCGGAUGUGUUUUUUUAAUGUGGUUUUCGGCGUUCGUUCUUUUGCUCAUCGGUACGUUUCAUUCUACGCGAACGUCGAGAAACCGUUCCGUCUUAGGUAAGAGAAGAUUAAGGGAACAAUGGUAGAAUGCCAGCAUUUCUUCUCAGUAGCCCUUACGGUAUCUUGUUUUGGUCGGUAUUAUUUCAGCGGCCUAUCGUUCGAUGUGUGAAGGCGUGAAACACAUUACAGCUGACGCAGACGCUACUGAAUGUGCAAAUAGUUUGCGGUUGGUUUACAAAAGUGGUCUCAAUAACUCGCAAACUUUCAUUGAAUAUUUCUUAAAACUUUAAAAAAUGUUGUUUAUCAUUUCCACAUUUACCAGAAUCAACCGCAACCUUAUUGAAUAUUGCAAUUGUUGAAAGAAGUAAAAAAAUCUUCGAACCAUCUCAGCAGAUAGUGCUGCAAUGAGAUUUUUAGGGAAUAAAACUUUUUGCCAGCUGGCUGGCUGUUUAUCUGGUCGGAUAGACGUCGGGGCGUUUGUAUAUAGUUAAAAUUAUAUAAUAAGGUAUUCUGCAUACUGUAAUUUGGUUCGCGCCUGGCUGGUCCCGUGGGGAUGGGAAGGUUAGAGUAGUGUGUAAGGUACGCGUUGUCUUUCAACAUGUUUCCUAUAUUAUGCGUUUAUUAUAUGAAUGUUCUCCUUUAUUGUAAAUGUUUGACAAGAUACAAUAGUAACUAUAUGUGGAGCCGUAUCCCGAAUAGUGUGCACUACUUAUAUUCAAUUUGUAGAUAUUUAAUUAUAUAUAGUAUAAUGUUUAA